AUGGUAUGCACCCGACAAGGGACACGAACUGAGCCGCCCUCCUUAGAUAGGAGGGGCGGGAACCAAGGUGCCCAAGGUUGGCAAGACGAAGAUCCCUUGGAUGAUACAACAUCUCAUGCUCCUGUAGUACCACCCGAAACCUUACAGGGGGAAGCUGCGGUAGUGGGGGAUGGCGGGAGGUCUAACCAAACAGAGGAAGUAUCCCCAGUUGCAACAGCACAGCAAGAAAGAUCAGAAGCACAACCAUCGACUAUUCCAACUAGUGUGCCCCCACAAUAUGUAGACCCGGGACUCCUUGUACAAAUAGUUAAAGCAGUGAUGGAGGGCAUGGCAGAGAUAGCUGGAAGAUGGAUUAGGAAGGUAGAAAAGACCAUGGUUCAAAUAAGCAUACCCGAGGGGUUGAGGGUAAACUGUGCAACCCAGUUAUUGUCUGAUAGGGCUAUGACAUGGUGGGAAACAGUUCAGCUGAGGUGUGCAACCGAGACACUAACUUGGAGUGAUUUCAAGACAGAGUUUGAGAAUCAGUUUUAUUCCAGGUACCAUCGUAAGGUGAAAGAACAAGAGUUAUUGGCAUCAAGACAGGGUGAUAUGUCGGACUUGAGACAAGGAUUGAUCGCCUUACGAUUUAAAUCAGUGAGAGAGUUGAUUGAGGCUGCCCAAGCUUUGGAGGCUUGUAUUGGAGAAGGCCAAGGGGGAUAUCAUGGCAUAGGCAAAAAGAGAGAUGGGGACGUUUUCAGCAGCAGACCACCACUCCCGAAGAAAGGAAAAAGUGGAGUGUUUGAGCAGUACAAAAAGAAGGGGAGUUUGAAGUUACCGCCCCACCAACAGUCAAGUGGGAGAGUGAUGGUUGGAUGGUUGCGCUCGAGGGAAAGCUCUUCAACUGGGACUGGUGACCGCAAGGGUAUUGACUAUCCUUUUUGUAUGAAAUGUGGGCAAAAACACCCUGGGGACUGCUCAGUUUCCCCUGGGCGAUGCUUUGAGGAGGUCAGGGCUGCAUCAGAUGUGGUGGCAGGUACACUACUAUUGACUGAUUUUAAUGUGCAUGUGUUGUUUGAUCCGGGUGCCACCCACUCAUUCAUUACUAAGAGAAUUGUCACUAAACUAAGAAAGGGAGUAGAAAAAGUAGAGAAGGGAUUCUUAAUUGGAACUCCAAUGGGAAACAUGGUUGAAACAAAUAUUGUGUAUGUGAAUGUGGGGGUUAGUAUAUCUGGGUAUGAAACAAAAGUAGACUUGAUUCCCUUAGAGCUGCAUGAUUUUGACAUAAUCAUAGGCAUGAAUUGGUUGAGUAAAGACAAGGCUCUAAUAGAUUGUUAUGCUAAAACUGUUACUUUCCAAACCCCUAAGGGCGAGAGAAUGAUUUUUGAAGGAGAGAUAAUUCUCAAACCAAUUGCCUUGAUAUCGGUGGUAACAGCCCAAAAACUUUUAAGAAAGGGAUGUAUAGGAUACCUUGUAUACAUCUUAAACUGUGAUGAUGAAGGUCCACGACUGAAGGAUAUUCUUGUGGUGAAGGAAUUCCCAGAUGUGUUUCCUGAAGAACUACCGGGACUACCCCCGGAGCGAGAGGUGCUACCGUUCGAGUUGACGAACGUCAUAGCCCUCUUCAUGGACUUGAUGAAUCGAGUUUUCCAACCAUAUCUUGAUAAGUUUGUGGUGGUGUUCAUUGACGAUAUACUGGUGUACUCGAAUUCUUUUGAGGAGCACGAAGAACACUUGAGACAAACCUUACAAACCUUGAGAGAUCACCGGUUAUAUGCAAAACUGAGUAAAUGUGAAUUUUGGUUGAAGAGAGUGACGUUUCUGGGACAUGUCAUUUCAGCCGAAGGUGUUUUUGUAGACCCCCAAAAAGUUGAGGCAGUCUUGAAAUGGGAAAGACUAACUUCAGUCACCAUAAUACAUAACUUCGUGGGACUUGCAAGAUACUAUCAGAGGUUCAUCAAAGCUUUUUCCUUGAUUGCAACCCCUUUGACCCAGCUAACUAGGAAGAAUAAGAAAUGGGUGUGGUUAGAAGAAUGUGAGAAAAGCUUCCAAGAAUUUAAGAGGAGGCUCACCACUACUUCAGUGUUGUCCCUUCCCUCAGGGACCGAGGGUUUUGUGGUAUAUAGUGAUGCUUCGGGGAAGGGAUUGGGGUGUGUUCUGAUGCAGCAUGGGAAAGUGAUCACCUAUACAUCAAGACAGUUAAAGACUCAUGAGGUGAACUACCCAGUGCACGACCUGGAGUUGGCUGCUGUAGUUUUUGCCUUGAGGAUAUGGAGACACUAUUUGUAUGGGUCUCAAACCCAAAUUUUUACUGAUCAUAAGAGUCUGAAGUAUCUGAUGUCGCAAAAGGAGUUGAACAUGCGACAAAAAAGGUGGAUAGAGCUCAUUAAGGAUUAUGACUACACCAUAGAAUACCAUCCGGGGAAAGCAAACGUGGCGGCAGAUGCCCUCAGUCGCAAAAAUAAAGCCACCUUGGGAAGGUUAAUAAUGGGAAAGGAGCGGCAAUUGGCGGAAUUGAAAGAGAUGGGUGUAGAUUUGGACAUUAAUGUCGGAGGUGGGUUAGUAGCCCUAUUAUUGGUGCGACCAACGUAUUGGGAACAAAUACUACAUGCCCAAUUCCAUGACAAGGAGGGGUGUAAGAUUAGGAAGAAUGUGGAGGCCAGAAUAGAAAUGAAAUUCCGAGUAGCGGAUGAUGGAUCCUUGAUGAUGGGACAACGGUUAUACGUGCCUAGUGACGAAAUAGUCAAACGAAUGGUUCUACAAGAAGCACAUGAGUCUCGAUUCUCCAUACAUCCUGGCAGCACUAAGAUGUAUCGAGACUUGAAACACCUCUAUUGGUGGCCUAAUAUGAAAAGGGAAAUAGCUAAGUAUGUGUUUAAGUAUGGGAUAUGUCAACAUGUCAAGGUUGAACACCAAAGGCCUACGGGAUCAUUACAACCAUUACAAAUUCCAGAAUGGAAGUGGGAGAUGAUCACCAUGGAUUUCGUGUCAGGAUUUCCCAAAAGGAGGAAAGGAAAUGACGCGAUAUGGGUUAUCAUAGAUCGAUUGACGAAAUCCGCACUAUUCUUGCCUAUAAAGAUGACUGACUCGGUGGACAAGCUUGCCAAGAUUUAUAUAAAUGAGGUGGUACGGCUUCAUAGGAUUCCAGUGUCCAUUGUAUCGGAUCGAGAUCCCAGAUUGGACAUGAGCACUGCGUUUCACCCUCAAACGGAUGACCAGUUAGAAAGAAUCAUCCAAGUCUUGGAAGACCUAUUACGGGCCUGUGUUUUAGAAUUUGGAGGAAACUGGGAGGAACACAUGGCAUUAGUGGAGUUCACGUAUAACAAUAGUCACCAAGCCAUAAUAGGGAUGGCCCCAUAUGAAGCCUUGUAUGGUAGGAGGUGCAGAACUCCUUUAUGUUGGGAGGAAAUCGGGGACCGGAAGUUAUAUGGUGCAGAAUUGGUCCAAGUCACCACGAAGAAAGUGAGAACUAUCAAGGAUCGCAUCAAAGCCGCACAUGAUAGACAGAAGAAGUAUGCUAAUGUGAGGAGAAGACCUCUCGAGUUCAGUACAGGGGACCAGCGAGUAGGACCAGUAGCCUACAAAGUGGACUUGCCCCCACAGUUAGCCAAGGAAGUGAAGGAACUACGGAGCAAAAAGAUCCCCAUCGUCAAAAUCUUAUGGCGAAAUGCUCAAGUAGAAGAGGAAACUUGGGAGAGGGAGGCUGAGAUGAGGAAAAAGUACCCUAAUUUAUUUGAACUACCAGUUUUCGCUACCGAUUUCUGCAUCGACAGUGACGCAGUUUCUGCUGCCGAUUUCUACAUUUGUAGCGAAGCAGUUUUUGCUGCCGAUUUCUGCAUCGAGAGUGACGCAGCUUCUGAUGCCGAUUUCUGCAUCUGUAGUGAAGCAGUUUUCGCUACCGAUUUCUCGAUCGGCAGCGACGCAGUUUCUGCUGCUGAUUUUUGCAUUUGUAGCAAAGCAGUUUCCGCUGCCCAUUUCUGCAUCAACAGCGAUGCAGUUUUCGUUGUCGAUUUCUGCAUCUGCAGCGAAGCACUUCUCGCUGUCGAUUUCUGCAUCGGCAGCGAUGCA